AUGCUGACCACAUCUGCUGCUAUGCAUCUGAGAGUGGACACCACGUGCUGGGUAAAAGAAACCCUGCAACAAAGUCCAUGGAUUCGCCCCACGAUGAUCAUUGUGGAAGCGAUUGCCACUGAACUGUUAGCUCAUUCCGUCGGUUCUAAAAACGAACCCAUGUGGCAGACCACGAAGGCCCAACAGUCCAAGCUUUUCCUGAGAGAACAUCAUUACGCUUAG